AAGUAAGAAACCUUGAAUUAUGAUGGUAAUCACCUUACCUUGGUUGCUACUUGUUUCUGUUUCACUGGCAUUCUGUUGCCUAGCUGCAGCCAGCCUUAAUGCGGCAACAAUGGCGGUUCAAGAGCUCGACCUCGUCAUGUCACUUCCAGGGGCGCCAAGCUGCUCAUCGGCAUUCAAGCAGUACUCUGGGUACGUCACGACAGACGAGCACCUCGGCAAGGCACUGUUCUAUUGGUUCUUCGAGGCUGCCGACAAGCCUGACGAGAAGCCACUGGUGUUGUGGUUAAACGGAGGACCGGGCUGUUCUUCCGUUGGGUUUGGGCAGGCUCAGGAGCUUGGACCAUUCCGUGUGAAGAAAGAUGUGCCUGAGCUUGAGUUCAAUCAAUAUGCCUGGAACAAAGCUGCCAAUUUGUUGUUCCUGGAUUCUCCAGCCGGUGUUGGAUUUUCAUACACGAACACGUCAUUCGAACAAGAUCCACCAGGAGACAAUUCAACCGCACACGGUUCAUACACUUUCCUGGUUAAAUGGUUCCAGAGGUUCCCCCAACACAAAAUGAAAGAAUUCUACAUAGCUGGAGAGAGCUAUGCAGGACACUACAUUCCCCAGCUUGCUAAUCUCAUCGUGGAGGAGAACAAGAAAACCUCUGAAGAAAACUACAUAAACUUCAAAGGCAUCCUGAUCGGGAAUGCCUACAUGGACGGCGACACCGACUUGCAGGGGAUCGUGGACUCCGCGUGGCACCACGCCAUCAUCUCGGACACGCUCUACAGCACCUUCCUGAAAUCCUGCAACUUCAGCAUGGAGAUCCUAUCUGCUGACUGUGAGGCUGCCCUGGUCGAGUUCGACAGUCUCUACAAGCUCGUGGACAUCUACAGCCUCUACACCCCGUACUGCGACCUCGGGUACCCGGCUUUCAACGCGUCGUCCUCCUCGGCGCAGACCAGACGGGCCAACGGCCGUUCUGAUUUUCUCAAGAUGACAAUGGGCUACGAUCCAUGCACACAGACGUAUGCCACCGAGUAUCUGAACCGUGAGGACGUGCAGAGAGCUCUGCAUGCCAACACCACGGGCGUGCCGUAUCCCUAUGCUCUUUGCCGUAAUUCUAUCAGCAGCAUAUGGAAAGAUUCUGACAUGACGGUUGUUCCGAUCGUCAAGAAGCUCGCGCAGGAAGGGCUCCGCAUAUGGAUUUUCAGCGGUGACACGGAUGCGAGAAUCCCUACCACCUCCACGAGGUACACUCUGAAGAAGCUCGGCCUGUCGAUCAAGGAGGACUGGGCGCCAUGGUUCAGCCACAAGCAGGUUGGUGGAUGGACAGUGGUGUAUGAUGGCUUAACAUUUGUCACGGUGAGAGGAGCCGGGCACAUGGUGCCAUCCUCUCAGCCCAAGCAGGCGCUCCAGCUCUUCAAGCACUUCCUGGCCGGCAAGAACCUGCCCUCCAAGCCGUUCUAGAGAUAGAACAAACCCCGGAUCGAUCAGCACGUUUUCUGAAUAAUUAAGUAUCGUCCGCGUUCGUGAAUAAUCGAUCUCAACAUGAUUUUGUUUU